AUGGGUAGAAAUAUUUAUGAAUUGGUUAAACAAUUUUCUACUUGCCAAAAUAUUAUACAAAGGUAUGAUAAUCAGACAAACAAGUAUCAAAAUGAAUGCAUGGAUUUAAAUCAAGAAAUUUCACAGUGUAUUAAAUUAAAAGAUGAAAAGAUAUGCCACAAAUCUAUGUACUAUUUAUAUGAAAUACAUAAGAUUAUUUAUACCAUAGGACACGCCGGUUGUAUAUACUUGUAUUACUGGUUAUAUGAUUAUUGUAAUGUAAAAUGUUCUAAGACAGAAAUAAUAGAUAUUUAUAAUGAAUUAAUCCAGAAAUAUGAAAAUAUAAAUAGCCCUGUAUGCACUCGGAACGAGAAUAUAAAUAUUACCAAAGAUGAGUUUGAAAGGCUAAAAGAUAUAUAUAACCUAAAUAUAAAAUAUGGAAUUAAUGAAAAUUAUCAUGAAUAUUGCAAAGAAUUCCACAAUAUAUAUGUGAAACGCAAGGGUGAAUGUGAUUACAAUACGCACUCAGACUUUUGUAAUGUAUUAGAAGAAUAUUUAAAUAAAUACAAUAAAUACCUAGAAUCCGAAAAUUCCUUAAAACCAAAAUAUCAAAUAUUACCCCCUUUCAAAAGAUAUAAUAUAAGAGCUUAUAUAGAUGUGACAUUA